AUGGCCGAAGCUUUGUCACUUGCUUCUAGUUUGGUGGCGCUGGCUGCGUUUGCAUUUCAAACAAGCAAAUCUCUCUACCAAGUGGUUGAAAGUUUCAAGUCUACUAAGCGAGUUAUUCGCGACCUUCGGUUUGAAAUCGAGUCUUUGACCCAAGCUCUUGCAACCCUUGAAAAGGCAGCCGUGGAUAAUGAGGCUCAGCUCAUGGCACUGAAGCUGCCUUUACUACGUUGCGGGAAAACCUGCAAGGAGUUCGAGGGGGUUAUCAACAGAUGCACGAGUCAUUCACGUGACCAACGAACCAGCUUUCGUGACUGGGCAAAGUUGCAAUAUAUGGGGGGCGAUAUCACAGACCUUCGGACCGCUUUAGCUGGCUACAAAGCGACAAUUAAUAUUGCUCUAGGAGGUGCUACCUUCCGCCAAGCGGCUGUCACCGUUAAUGUUCUCGAAGAAUACAAGCAGAUGAUUGCAGAGGCAACAUCGGACCUUCAAGACCACCUACAAGGAAUCAACGAGCGAGUGAGGUCAAUUGAAGAGACAGGCCACGUUCCGCAUUCCGAUAUCGACCUGAGUAUAGUGAGAGAAGAAAAGGAGAGUACCGAACAAUGCCUCGCUAUUUGCGUCCAGGUCUCCAGAUAUAUUGAAGGAGCCCAAAUGCGCCUGCCUCAGGACUCUCAUAAUGUUCCAAUGCUCACACUCCAUCCUGUAUCCAGUGAAGGUUUUGAUUCCACCAAGGCAUAUAGAGCGACGGAUGCCUUGUUGAAAGAUCUUAGAAAUAAGCUCUCGCUGAACUCCCAAACUCUUCAAGCCCGUCUGAGUACCCUAGACAGCCAGCUCAAAGCAUGUUCGGAGGUUGGUACCCUGAGUUCACGAGAAGGGACAGCAAAGUUUGAUCUUAUUAAAGAGGAGAGGGACAGUAUUGCUCAAUGUUUGAAUAUAUGUGCGGACGCGUCGGAUAUUGCUCAGAUGGCUCGGAAAAAUGUGUACGAGGAUGUUGCCUCAGCCGAUGAUUCCCACCAACUGGUCGUGUCGACGAUAGGCGAUCUAAUAUCAGCGAAACAUAUCAUCACAGGAGCCAGGUCGGUGCAGUGGUUGGGGCAGAUGUCGGACGACACAUUGCAGCAACUUUCCCGAGACCAGAAAACCCGCCACAGAGAACAGGAGAAGUCGGGCACCCAGACCGAACAUGAUGGGUUCAGCGGACGCUAUGGUACUGGGUAUCAACUGCACCGAGAACAGAUUGAGAUGGAUCGUCCUUCCCACAGCAACCGUUAG